AUGAGCCGGCCGAAUAUACCUGCGUUGGACAGCUUUCCUGAGACAGGGACGCCCGAGCAUGCCAAGCUCGGUGGCUACGAUUUUUACCGCAGUAUUGGAUCGCCGCAGCGCAUCGUGGCGCCCAUGGUGGACCAAUCUGAGCUUGCAUGGCGUGUGUUAAGCCGUAGGUAUGGCUCCGAUCUUGUCUACACGCCGAUGAUUAACGCAAAAGUAUAUGUACAAAAGAACAAAGGCAGCUCACGCGUGCGCGAGGGCUACUUUAACAAGGCUUUUGCCGAAGAAGGUGCUCAAGAACUAGUACUUGGCACAAAAAAAGAUACCGACCGACCUCUUAUUGUGCAGUUUUGUGCGAACAAUCCGGAUAUGCUCUUAGAGGCAGCACAGAGCGUCCAGGAUAAGUGUGAUGCAGUGGACUUGAACCUUGGGUGCCCUCAGCAAAUCGCGAAGCGCGGAAACUUUGGUGCAUUUCUUAUGGACGAUUGGCAUCUUAUAUUUACUUUGAUUAACACGCUACAUCGCAAAUUGAGCGUGCCCGUCACUGUCAAAUUUCGUGUAUUUGAUUCGCUCGAAAAGACACUUGCAUAUGCCAAAAUGAUUGAGCGUGCAGGCGCUCAACUUGUCACUGUACAUGGGCGUACGCGCGACAUGAAAGGACAUAAUACUCACGUUGCCAACUGGGAGGCUAUUCGCGCAGUAAAAGAAGCGCUCCGUAUUCCUGUAUUUGCAAACGGCAACAUCUUGUAUCCCCAAGACUGGCGCGAUGCACUUGCGUUCACCAAAUGCGAUGGUGUAAUGAGUGCAGAAGGGAACUUGUACAAUCCUACGCUCUUUCACACCGAAAUUGUUCAAGAUUUGGCAUCCUUAGCGCACCGUGGCGAGGAAAAGCCAGGAUUUGACGCACUGCACAUUGUGCAUGUGGCGAACGAGUAUUUGGAUAUCGUUGCGAAUUUGAAAACUCCAACAGCGGGAAGCGCACUCAAGGGUCACAUGUUUAAAAUUACACGCCCUGCUCUGGCGAUACAUGCUGACUUGCGAUCUGUGCUUGGCAAGGCGCAUAGCAACGAAAUUGCACAUGGCGAGGAUCGCGUGCAAGAAUACCGUGCCUUUGUGGUGGAGCUCACUCGCCGUUUGGAAGAAGAUAAACUGAAAGCAGAGAGCUAUAUUGCUCCUGCCGACGCAUCGCGUUACUAUAUGAAACCUUUGCAUGUACUUGACCCGCACGAUACAAGCAAACGGCCUGCCUUUAUUCCCCACUGGUAUCUGCAGCCGUACUUUCGGCCACCCCUGAAUCCACCCAAGGUGACAGACAUUGGUUUGGAGGACUCCGAAAUGCGCACACACCACGGUAGAACGUCUUUGGCGGAGGCUGACAGCGCGACGGACAAAGUACCUGCUGUUAAACGCGCCAAGACCCAUAGCUUGUAA